AUGGCACCACCCUCCCACCCCAAGCUAGCAGGCCUCGACCUCAUCCAAACAACUUAUAAAACGGUCGCCUCCCACUCAAUCCGCACAGACAUCCUUAUCCCACAGAACCAGCACACCGGCAAAAGACCCAUAAUAAUCCGCUUCCACGGCGGCGGCCUGGUAACCGCCGACUCCCUAUACAUGGAUUUCUGGCCACAGUGGCUCACCGACCUCGCUAUCGAGACAAACGCCAUAAUCCUAAGCCCAAAUUACCGUCUCCUCCCCAGCGCAACAAGCACCCAGAUCUACGAGGACGUCGAAGACUUCUGGGCCUGGGUGCACUCGCCAGCAUUGGCAGAUCUGCUGGCUGCGCACGGCGCGGAAGCGGACUUGGCACGGAUCUUGUCAGCCGGCGAGUCAGCCGGCGGAUUGCUGAGUAUUGCUCUUGCGCUGGCGCACCCUGAGAUCCGCGCUUGUACGGCGGCGUAUCCGUGUGUGGAUCUUGCCGCUGAGGCGUUUAAUGCGCCGCGCGAGGUUUUGCCGUUUGGGAUUAGUCAGGACAAGGGCUUGAUUGAGAAGACUAUUGAGGAUGUGCUCAAGGCUGGGGUAGUGGAGUCUUCUAUUGAGGAGCAUGAGAGGUUGGUGUUUAUGCUUGCUCUUGUACAGCAUGGGGCUCUUGGGGGGCUUUAUGAGCGUGGGACUGGUGGGGAGGGGGAGGGAGGUGCGAUAUCCUGCUGUUAG